AAUUUCCUUCAACCGAUCAUUAAGUGUUUAAGUUUAAGUCGAGUUGGUUGUGUCGGAUUACGGAGGGGUGCGCUAUUAAAAUAUCCACAAAACAUUAUAUUUAAUUGGACAGAGUUCUGUGCUUGUGUGAGUUUUGCUUGUAUAUCUUUUUUUUUCUUUCCGUCCGUCACAUUCGUCAGCGGAUAAGUUUUUCCCGUACGCCGAUGACUGUACGCGAGUGCACGGUUUUUUUACGGUUACCAUUUAGUUUUUGGUUGUGUUAGCAAUGACAUCGGUUACGUGACCUCACAGUAAAAUGACAACACGUGCCCUCGCCCUGUAAUAUCCGACUCUAUUCCGAGACGACUCCGACGACUCUAUAACAAACUAUAUAUAUUAAAUUUUGAACGACUGUGGAGGUGCAACUUUGUGUUACAUUGUCAGUGAUGAAGUGAUUGAUUUGAUAAAGUUAUUUCUUACCGCUCUGUAAGCGGCGUAAUACCACACCAGCGGCAUAAAUCCCUCAAAAUUACACGAAUUCAAUCACCAAGCACCAAACCCGACACGCUGAGUUUCUCAGAUCCCUUCGGGCCUCCUCAGUCCUCGGACGGGGGGGGCCCAUCCACCCCUCAGCCCGCCAUGACCACCCAGGAGCUAGAUCACCAUCACCACCUCGGUGGAUCACAAACACCCCACGAUAUAUCCAACUCCACUAACUCAACGCCCACUAACGUCUCAUCGAAAUCAGCCUUCAUAGAGCUUCAACAACACGGCUAUGGCCCCUUCAAGGGGGGCUAUCAACACCCCCACCAUUUUGGCAGCCCGGGUGGUCAACAGAAUCCCCACGAAGCCUCAGGUUUCCCUAGCCCCAGGUCCUUAGGUUAUCCAUUCCCCCCUAUGCAUCAGAACACCUACGGUUAUCAUUUAGGAUCCUACGCCCCCCAAUGUGCAAGCCCUCCGAAAGAUGAAAAAUGCGGCCUCUCAGAUGAUCCCGGUUUACGCGUGAAUGGGAAGGGGAAGAAGAUGAGAAAGCCGCGCACGAUAUACUCCAGCUUGCAGCUACAGCAGCUCAAUCGACGGUUCCAGAGGACCCAGUACCUAGCGCUGCCGGAAAGAGCAGAGUUAGCAGCUAGUUUAGGACUCACACAGACUCAGGUGAAGAUCUGGUUCCAAAACCGCCGCAGCAAGUACAAGAAGAUGAUGAAGGCAGCCCAGGUCGGCGCUCCUCCCCCCGGACUGGGAAUGCCCGGGAGCCCCCCGAAUAACAAUCAGAUAUUACAUGGUGGUGGAGGUAGUUCUAGUGGUUCUCAACAUUCGCCCUCAGCCUAUCAGAGUGGUCCCACGCAAGCCCACUCGCCCACGCCCAGCUCUACCCCUGUAUCCGAACUAUCGCCAGGACUGUCGCCCACUGGCACCCCAUGGGAUGUGAAGCAACCACCACAACCCACAUGGGAUGUAAAGGUUGGCUAUCCUAACGCGGGCCGUUCGCCCGAUGGAUCCUGUGAUGUGAAGCCUCCUCAUCAGCAGUCCUGGGAUCCCAGGGUCGGAUAUGGCGCGCCACCCGGCUGGGACAUGAAGGGCGGUCACACACACGCGCUCCAACCCCCCCAACAUCCCCCCUACGUGCCGCAGUAUAGUUGGUACCAGCCUGAUAACCCUGGAUUACUCACUGAGAACGGCCUAGCACUUUUCCAUCGCAUGGGUUUAAGGAGUCAAUUUUUGGGAAACGAACAAAAUAACUACGACAGCUGAAGAUUUUGUUAUAAUAUAAUGACCGUAAAAUAUUAUGGUCAUAGUAAAUGUACCAAAUUCAGAUAAUAAUGGCAUACGCAAUAUGAUAUACAUAUAUAUAAAAAAAACAGUAUUAUUUUUUAAUAUGUUCGUAAAUGAAUUGGUUGAAAGUUAUUAAUUCAAAAUUGUUUGUUAACAGGGUCUGGCCGGCCGUGUAACAACCGUGGGAUUAAAAUGAAAAAAAAAAACAUAUAUAUACAUAUAUAUAUAUAUAUAUAUAUAUAUAUAUAUAUAUAUAAAUUAGCAAGUAUUAACACAUACGCGGACAAAAUAAAACAAAAUGGCGUAUCUCUCUAAAAACCGGCACAACUUUAUUGAUAUAAUUUAAUGAUAAAUAAAUGUAAAUUUUUUUAUAAUAAUAAUUCUAUUGUAGGAUUUUAUUUUUCUAUCUCGGUGGCCACUAGAUCAUUCAAAGUUGUGUAUGCCAUUAUCGUCUCUGUUGUUUUGUAUUAAGUAACAAAAUCGCGUAUACAAUUUUGACUGAUUGUACAUACGUCAAGGUUAUUGUAUCCUAUGAUUUUGUAUUUAGAAUUGUAUUAUAUAUUGAAGAAAAAUAAAAUUUAAAUAAAUGUAAAUUGUUUAUACUGUAUGAACUGUGCAAUAUUGAUAGUUUGAAAUGUAUUCCUGUCUCUCUCCUUCAAAUGAUGCGUGAAAGAGAUAGAUAUAGUUAGUGUGGUCACCGGAUUCAACGGAAAAAUGUUCGAUAUUUUUUUUUCUUUUUUCUUUGUGUCACUAACAAAGCAUGUAAAGAUAUUUUUUUUUUUAAUAAUUAUUAUUAUUUAAUGUAUAACGUUAUAGUUCCAAAAUUACCACUAUUUAUGAAAUCGUGGUGUUGAUUGUGAAAAAAAAAAAUUCCGAUGGGUGUACCAUUAAAUUAAUUAGCUUUAAAAUAUAUAUUUCUUUUAUUUAUUUAGUUAAAUCAAAUCAAAACGGGAACACAAACCAGUCUUGUGAUAGAUAAUUUUAAGUUAAUUUUUUUUUGAUGCGAACAUAAAAAAAAAUGUAUUUAUUACAUGUCGUGCAAAUUUGUGUUCUGUGUUAAGGUAUUAGCAAUCAGAAUAGAAGAGCUGUAGUUCCUGUAUGAAUAUUUUUUUCGUUUUUUUUUUUUUAACUACAGCCUAGCAUGGGUUUUACGGGAUGUUUUGUAAAUAUAAUCUGUAUUAUAUAGAGAAAAUUAAACAUAUACAUAUAGACUAGAUAGAAUAAUUACUUCAUAACUAUAUUGUAAGAAAAACGGAAUAAUAAAAAAAAAACAGUGAAUUAAUUUCUUUUGUCAAAUAAAAAAAAUAUGAAAACAUUA